AUGCAUAUCUUCUCCAUUCUUCUCCUGUCGCUGUGCGCGGCGUCCGUCAAUGUGGUUUCAUCGGAAACCAAUGUGGUGACCACGGCCCCAGCGGAAACAGUAGUCGACCUUUUCCUUGGGGCUAAACGCCAGAGCAAUUAUUCUUUCGUCGCUAGCGUGGUUGCAGUUGGUGAGACGGCUACAACAUUCGAGGUUGUAUGCAGGUCUGGGCUGCUCAACCUUCCCGGGUUCCCCACAACUACCUGCGACGCCAAUGACCCCCCAUGGACCGUAACAAAUGGGCCAUCUACUAUGGCUGGGACCCUGUCCACCGCAAUUGCGAGCGUGACGGCUGUUCUGGAUGAGGAGUGCAUCAUCACAGGGCGUAGUGCCGCGUACUGCAAUUACACAUAUAUUGGAGACUCGAGCGGCUCUACUACGUCCACCUCAUACACAACGAUUAUUAAUGGGAGCCUUUACUAUGAAUAUCCAGUCACCAUCACAGCUGGAGCUGAGAAGUUGUCUCUUGUGGUCGAGACAUCCAGUCCAGGUGGUGCGACACCUUCGGCCAGCAAUCCAAGCAGCGUUAUUACUUCAGGUUCUACGGGAUCAUUUAGGGACAAGAUAAGAGUGCUUGCCGUUGUGUCGCUGUUUAUACAUUGUUUUCCCGGGCUGGCGCCUUGA